GCGACGGUUGUCGGUGGCCGAGCAGUGGGUAGACUCUCGCGAGGGUGACAGCAUCCUCACCGCGCAGUGAAGCCAGGCCGCACGCGCGCGUACGUACGUACCUACGUGCGUGCGGACGUACGUAGACGGACGGACGGGACGGGACGACUGCGGGCGCUAUCAUAUGGAGCCGAACGACGGGGUUGCGUGUUAGGCGAAGCGGCGGUCCCGCUACCGCGGGACAAGCGCGAGGGCCUACCACGAGGAGAACGCGAAUGAUCGAUCCGACUGUUCGGAUCCGCAAGGCUACCCCGGACACGCGGAAAAUGGCGUCCAGCAAGCCGCCGGAGAUGAACUACACGUGCGAGAUCUGCGGCCUGGAGGGCUUCAACGACGAGGAGAUGCGCUCGCACAUGGUGCUGUAUCAUCUUCAGGGCGCCGCCAACUGUCCCUUCUGCGACCUGGGCGAGAUCUCGCCCACGGAGAUGCUGGUGCACGUCAACAGCGCUCACCUGGACUACCUGACCCCGAGCACCCCGGAGAACGAUGUGAUGGCAUUCAUCGACGACGACUCGCUGAUGGACGACCACGGGCGCGACGAGUGCCGAGCCUCCUCGCCGUCGAUGUCCCUGCGACCUCCUCACAUGCAGAACGGUUGGGGCAGCUCGCUGGGAAUGCGCGUUAAACAACAACAACAACAGCAGCAGCAACAACAGCAGCAGCAGCAGCAGCAGCAGCAGCAGCAAAUCUCGCCGAGGAAGUCGGACGUCCAACUAGUGAAUCCUAAUGUGAAUAAUAAUAACAAUAACAACAACAGUAGCAAUGCCAACAAUGUGUUGGAGGGAGCAGCUGGCCACGGUUCACCGCUGCGUUCAGGCCUAAAUUUACAGUUGCGCUCGCACGCUUCCCCGAAACUUCCAGUACAGGAGUGCCCGAUGUGCCCCUACAGUUCCGACAGCCCGCUCAGGCUGGAAGAGCAUAUCAAUCGCCAACACUUUGAUCUCACUUCGCCGUCCUUCCCGCCGGAAUCACCGCCAUCACGGGACGGUGUCUUCAACUGCCCGCUUUGCGUUACGUCUUUUCCAAAUUCUUCUGACCUUGAGUUGCACGUUAAUAUCGAGCACAAGGACAUACUCAGCCCUGCGAAUGGUACAACCUCGCAGUCCGACAUUGCCACCAUCGGCAGCGACACACCCGCCUGUCCGGUAUGCCUCAGUACGUUGUUCAAGAACAAUGACGACCUAAUGGCACACAUCGAAGAGCACUUCAGCAAGAAGAGCACGCCGUCGCCCGUGACGCCGGACGUGUCGACCGACAGGAUGCUGGCGAAGGACAUGGAGAGAAGAGAGAAGGAGGUGAGGAAACUGCGCGAGCAGCGCGAGUUCGAGAUGCUGAGGGCGCAAUACGGUAUGGACAAUCAGGGUAACUUCCGAGAGCAGAGCGUCACCAAUAUGCAACGCGCCGUGUACGCGGGCGAGAUGACGGUGGCAGACUUCUUCGAGAGGCAGAUCGAGCUCCGGGUGGCCGAAAGUAGCGGCAUCGACGACGGCAGUUCUUGUACACGCGGGCUGGUCCCAAAAGUGCGAGCCGUCAGUCAGGCGUGCAGUAACGUCGUGAACACCUGGAUGUGUUCCACCGUGGACCAUUACGCGUCGACCUACGGCGACAAAGGCUGGGGAUGCGGUUACAGGAACAUGCAGAUGCUAAUCUCGUCUCUCUUGCAGCAUACAGGGUACAACGAGCUAGUUUACAAGGCGUGGAGCUCGGGCGCGGGUGGCAACAGCUCCACGGAGAGCCCGCUGCGCACCUCGAUGCCGUCGAUCUCCCGGCUGCAGAAGAUGAUCGAGUGGGCGUGGACGCAGGGCUUCGACAUCCAGGGUGCCGAGCAGCUCGGCGGUAAACUGGUCAACACCAGGAAAUGGAUCGGCGCCACGGAGGUAUUCACGCUGCUGUCUAGUUUGAGGAUAAAGUGCCAGCUAGUGGACUUCCACAGACCCACCAGUGCGGACGGCGGCCAUCCGGAGUUGUUCAAUUGGGUCCUGCAGUACUUUCAGAGAUGCGACGACUUCAAGCCGCCGCUGUAUCUUCAGCAUCAAGGGCACAGUAGGACGAUAAUGGGCGUAGAGCAGUUGAGGGACGGUUCCAUCAUCAUGGUGGUGUUGGACCCCAGUCACAGCCCGGCGCAAAUGUCGCACUUCAACAGCACGAGCAGCGCGCCCGGUGCGAUGCGACUCGUGCGGAAGUCCACCGCGGCGAUGAAGGCCAGGCAGUAUCAGGUGGUCGCCGUUACCGGCACUAUGGACACAGAAGCGCAGUAUCAACAAAGUAAAGUUCUACGAUCAAUGCGUGUUCCUCAAGACAGGUGAGAGUUGCUGGUUCGAGAAGCAAGCGAGCUCGAGGCUCGAAGCGCAAAGACUAUAGACUACUGCCUCAAACCAAUCUUGUCCGGCAUCCUUCGAGUUACGUGACCGCGAUGUCCUAUGUUCUCUACCGCUAGCCGACUUACUCCAUUGUAGUAGUUGCAGAUAAUAUUAUUUAACAAUAUAUUCUUGCAUCUCUCUAGCCGUUAAUGGUGGACUGACUCCUUGAUAAAUCGUUGUGCCCGCGGCGACGGUCGACAGCGCGACAGCUGAUUUGCACGGAUAUCAAAAGCGCUCUAUCUCGACGCGUUGCCGUUCGAGCGAUUUUAAUGUAAUUCGUUUUGAUUUUGAUGUAAAAGAAUCCCGCCCUCUGCCUGCCCUUCUAUCCGAUAGAAAAAAAAAAAAACGAGGGAGAAGCCCUUAUAUAUAUAUAUAUAUCUCGAAGAGAAGAAAGAAAGUUCGCCGUGCUACGCGCGCGAGAAUGCACGAAUCUCUGAGAAUCUUCGUCAGCUCGGGAAAGACGAAUGUGUGUGUGUCUCUGUCUGUGCGCGCUUGAGAAUAAAAGUUGUUCAGAGAAGAAGGAGAAAAUCGAGAUGACGAGGCGGAUGAGGAGAAUGGUGUUAAAAACGAUCGUCUCCUGUUUCUUGUCCAAAAAAGAAAAUGUUCUGCUCAAUCUUCAUCGCGGCGAACAAACCGCGCUAAUCCUUAGCCGACCAAUCGUCUCGCACCGAUCGGUUGAUCAUCCAUCGAGAAAGUCACGUGGCGCAGCUUGGAGAGAAAAAAAAGAAAAGUAAAUGCGAACUUGAAGACUUUUUCGUAGCUGUGAUGCUUGAAAAACUCGGAGACUUUUUCGUAGCUGUGAUGCUGUUAUCAAUUCAACGCUGAUCACUCAUACAUCCGAUGGACACACUCUUGGAAACGCUCCAGAAUCGACGUGCGGUGUUCCCCGUGCCACUCGUCUCGUUCUUCACAUUCCGUGACUCGCGACGGAAGAUACUUCCCGUCGCAACACGUUGUCGAUUUUUAGUCAAUAUGAAAAGUGCCGAGAGAGCCAUACGAUAUAUACAAUUACAACAAAUUUUAUAUAACGAUAUGAAAGAUAUUCUUUGACGAAUUUUAAUUGCUAAAACGCUUCUAUAUGGGAGUCUGGAGUGUCUGCAAAAGUGACUGUGUCGCAUUUUCAUAUAUUAUACGACACACAUA